GUCUCGCGAGAGUUAGUUGCUGACUGAGAGCUGGAGAGAGGAUGGCGACUUCGGUGAUGUUGGGCGUUGAUGCCAUCAAACUGGAAAAUGGACAGAGCACGGCUGCAAAGCUGGGCCUUCCUCCUCUUACGCUGGAGCAACAGGAGGCGUUGCAGAAGGCUAAGAAGUACGCUAUGGAACAGAGCAUCAAGAGCGUGCUGGUGAAACAAACCAUCGCUCAUCAACACCAACAGCUCACCAACCUCCAGAUGGCAGCAGUGACAAUGAGCUUUGGAGACCCUCUAUCACCUUUACAAUCGAUGGCAGCUCAGAGGCAGCGUGCUCUUGCCAUCAUGUGCCGAGUGUACGUGGGCUCCAUUUAUUACGAACUAGGAGAGGACACAAUACGCCAAGCCUUUGCUCCUUUCGGACCCAUAAAAAGCAUAGACAUGUCGUGGGACUCGGUCACAAUGAAGCACAAGGGAUUUGCCUUUGUUGAAUAUGAGGUGCCGGAAGCAGCGCAGCUAGCCCUGGAGCAGAUGAACUCUGUUAUGUUGGGAGGAAGAAAUAUUAAGGUGGGCCGACCCAGUAAUAUUGGCCAAGCACAACCUAUUAUAGACCAGCUUGCUGAAGAGGCUCGCUCCUUUAACAGAAUUUACGUGGCCUCCGUUCACCAGGACUUAUCAGACGAUGAUAUCAAAAGUGUUUUUGAAGCGUUUGGAAAGAUCAAGUCCUGCAUGCUGGCUCGAGACCCCACAACGGGCAAACACAAGGGCUAUGGCUUCAUAGAGUAUGACAAGUCUCAGUCUUCACAGGACGCAGUUUCUUCUAUGAACUUGUUUGACUUGGGCGGUCAGUACCUGCGAGUGGGUAAAGCAGUUACACCACCCAUGCCUUUGCUCACACCGGCUACUCCAGGAGGAUUACCCCCAGCAGCAGCUGUGGCCGCGGCAGCUGCUACUGCUAAAAUCACUGCUCAGGAAGCAGUAGCUGGAGCUGCCGUCCUCGGAUCACUUGGCAGCCCUGGGCUGGUGUCUCCUGCACUCACACUGGCCCAACCUCUGGGUGCGUUACCGCAGGCGGUCAUGGCAGCACAGGCCCCAGGUGUAAUUACAGGUGUGACUCCCGUACGGCCACCUAUUCCGGUUGCCAUCCCACAGGUGGGUCUGGUAAAUCCCAUCCUAUCAAGUCCUCCAGCAAUGGCACAGCUGGAGAUAAAGAAAGAGAAGGAGGAAGAGGAAUUGCAGCCAGAGUCAGAACGACCCGAAAUGCUGAGUGAGCAAGAGCAUAUGAGUAUCUCCGGGAGCAGCGCCAGGCACAUGGUCAUGCAGAAGCUUAUGCGCAAACAGGAGUCUACGGUUAUGGUCCUGAGGAACAUGGUGGAUCCUCGGGACAUAGAUGAUGACCUAGAGGGAGAAGUGACGGAAGAGUGUGGAAAAUUUGGUGCUGUAAACAGAGUAAUCAUUUAUCAGGAAAAACAAGGGGAAGAGGAGGAUGCAGAAAUUAUUGUUAAGAUCUUUGUGGAAUUCUCCAUGGCCAGUGAGACCCACAAAGCCAUCCAGGCCUUAAAUGGCCGAUGGUUCGCUGGCCGGAAAGUAGUUGCUGAGGUUUAUGACCAGGAGAGGUUUGACAACAGUGACCUAUCAGCAUAAAAACUCUAGGACUCUUACUUCCCACCCCAAUUAUCCUCUGACAUUUUUUUAUAUUUGUGAUAUUGUUUUUUGUUCACAUGUAGAAAUUCGUAAAAUAAAUUUUUUUGUGCGA